CGUUGAUAUUCUGACGCCAUUUGUCAAUCCGAAAAUCGAUUGUCGAUUAUCAAAUCUAUUCCAAACUUGAAGCUGCCGAUCUGCUACUAUGUUAGUCAUGUAACUUGCGAACACCAGUUAAUGCAACGGACACGUUAAUGCACGUUGUACACCGAUAAUUCUUGAAAUCGUGGAAUGAUAUGGCACCCCGUAAAGCUGCAAAACAUUCAGAUACAGAGGUUGUAGACAGAGCAGCGGAAGCCGGCGAUGUGUCGCCUCCGAAAAGAAGAAAAGCCGUUGCAAAAAGUGUGAAUAAAAACGAUGAAGAGAAGCAAAUUAGACUGCCAAGAGCUGCGAAAUCUACGAAAAUCGAGCAAAUAGAAACCACAGAUACAAGUUCAACCACAACUAAAAACACAAAAACAAAAACUAAGACAUCAUCGAUUGCUAAAAAUGCUUCGGCAUCCGCAAAAACCAACUCUAAAGUCAAGUCUAUGGUAAAGAAGAGUAAAGAAAUGGAAGAAAAACUUAAUACAAGUUCUGUGAAUAUAGAUAUUGCGAAAAAUAGUGAAGAAACUGAAAUGAAAAAGACACGUACUAAAACUACGAUAAAAAAGGCGGGAAUAGAUAUGGAUGAAGAAUCUAGGGGAAGAUCAAAGGGAAAGGCCAAAAAGGAAACUGUCAAUGAGAAUAUUGAAAAUUUAGAAGCACCAACUGUUAAAAAAAAGUCAGCAAAUAUUGAAAUAGUAUCAAAGGAUAGUAAUCCUAAAGCAAAAAUAAUAAAGAAACAAACUAAUAUAAAUGCUGAAAUAAAAGGUAAAACUGCCAAUAAAAAUACUAAUAAAAGUAAAGCUACUAAUGAUGAGACUGAAAAUAAUAAUAAAACUGAAGAAUCUAUAUCUACAGUAUCUACAAAGACAAAUAAAAAAUCAGUUGAUGAUAAAUCCACAAAAAUAACAGUAGAAAAAAAAAGAGGCCGUAAAAAUGAAAUUAAUGCAGAAAAUAUCUCAAAAGAUGAUAGAGAAUCAAAAGUAAUAGAAGAAUCACCUUCAGAAUUAAUGCAAACUAGUGAUAAUGAAAAUCAAGAAAUUCAAAAUAAUCAAUCAGAAGAAACAGAAUCAAUUCAAACUACUAAAAAGGGAAGAAAUGUAAAAAAAAAAGAAAUACCAAAGAAAGUUACUAAAAUGCGUGGUAAAACUGCUAAUCGUAAUACUGAUGGGUCUAAUGAAAAUGAUACUGAUAUAACAAGAGCAAUUAAAGAAAUACAAAAGAAAACAAAUAAAGAAUUUAUAUCUUCAAUAGCUACUACAAAAAGAGGACGAGCAAAGACCUCGGAAAAUAAUUCAUCAGAAAUAUUAACUAGUAAUAACAAUGUGCAAAAAUCAUUAGAAGAAGAUAUUGAUAAAAAGCAGGAUUCAGAAAAAGAAGAAACAAACAAAAUGUAUAUUAAAAUGUCAGGAACACCUAAAAAGACAGAUGAAACGCUUGUGAUUAAAAAUCAAAUAAAUGAAAAUAAUAUAAUAAGUACAUCGGUACAUGAAGAAGAAAUUUAAUAUUGUAUGUUCUAUUUUUUUUUGACAUGUUUCUUGAAAAAAAUAUAUCAUUAAUAUUUUAAUAUAUUUGAUAAAGAUAAAAAUAUCUAUGAGUAUUUCUGUGUUUAGGAAUACUGAAAAAAUAUAUGUUUUAAAACUUCAAUAAUACAUUUUGGUUAAAUAUGUAAACAAUAUUUUGCAACAUGAUUAUUCUUGUGUUUUCUUUGAAGUAUUUUGAUAAUAUAAUUUUGAAAUCCUCUUGUUAAUAUAAGAGAUUUAAUGAC